GAGAGACUACGGCCUGUGAUUGGUCCGUUUUUUGCCGUUUGUCGGCUUCAAACGGCUCCCGAUUGGGUGCUGCUUGACGGUCAGCCGUGAAGCAUCUGCGGCUCGCGCUGUGGCAGCUGUCCUCGCGCACUCGGCUGGUGCUCGGACCGACAGACAGAAGCUCCGCCGGAGGAGGACGGUGUCGGAAUCCACGAAUAUAAACGGAUCAUGGCUGCUAACAUGGGAUCCAUGCGCAUCCUCAUCAAGGGAGGGAAGGUGGUGAAUGAUGACUUCACACAGGAAGCAGACGUUUAUAUCGAGAACGGCAUCAUACAGCAGGUUGGGAAGGAGCUGAUGAUCCCGGGUGGAGCGAAGGUGAUCGAUGCUUCUGGAAAGCUGGUGCUGCCAGGUGGAAUCGACACCUGCGUUCACCUGCAGCAGACGUUUAUGAACGCCAGCAUUCAAGAUGACUUCUACAGUGGAACCAAGGCGGCUCUGAUGGGUGGUACCACCAUGGUGAUGGCUCUGGUCCUGCCUGAGCAGCACUGCUCUCUGCUGGACGCUUACGAGAGCUGCCGCAGUCUGGCAGACGCCAAGGCCUGCUGCGACUACGCCCUGCAUGUUGGGGUCACCUGGUGGGGACCAAAGGUACGCAAUGAGAUGGAGAGCCUGGUGAGGGAGCAUGGCGUGAACUCCUUCCAGAUGUUCAUGGCCUAUAAAGACCUGAUGAUGCUGCGGGACUCAGAGCUGUAUCAGACGCUGCAGACCUGUAAGGACAUUGGGGCCAUUGCACGUGUGCACGCUGAAAACGGAGAGCUCGUGGCAGAGGGCGCCAAAGAGGCUUUGGAUCUGGGAAUCUCUGGACCAGAAGGAAUAGAGAUAAGUCGACCAGAGGAGCUGGAGUCUGAAGCCACUCACAGGGCCAUCACAAUCGCCAACAGGGCACGUUGUCCCAUCUAUCUAGUGAAUGUGUCCAGUGCGCUCGCUGGAGACAUGAUUGCUGCUGCUAAGAUGCAGGGUAAGGUGGUCCAUGCUGAGACCACUGUAGCUCACGCUGUGCUGAAUGGGAACCAGUACUACCACCAGGACUGGACCCAUGCUGCUGCUCAUGUCAUCGUCCCUCCUCUGCGCCUGGACCCAAACACGCCGAGCUACCUCAUGGGCCUGCUGGGAAAUGACACUCUGAGCGUCGUUGCUUCAGAGCACCGUCCGUUCAGCACCAAGCAGAGAGCUUUGGGCAAAGAAGACUUCACCAAGAUCCCUCAUGGAGUGCCGGGAGUCCAGGACCGGAUGAGUGUCAUUUGGGAAAGAGGAGUGGUGACAGGAAAAAUGGAUGAGAAUCGUUUUGUGGCUGUGACUAGCUCCAACGCAGCCAAAAUCUACAACCUGUAUCCACGCAAAGGUCGGAUCAUCCCUGGAGCCGACGCUGAUGUGGUCGUCUGGGACCCCGAUGCCACCAGGACGAUCUCUCUGAGCACCCAGGUGCAGGGCGGAGACUUCAACCUGUAUGAGGGGAUGCGCUGCCACGGCGUUCCUCUGGUCACCAUCAGCCGGGGACGCCUGGUGUGUGAGAACGGCGUGUUCAUGUGCGCCGAAGGCUCCGGGAAGUUCUACCCGCAGCGCACCUUCCCCGACUACCUCUACAAGAAGAUGGUCCAGAGAGAAAAGAACCAGGCCUAUAAAGGAGUAGUAAGGGAUCCUUAUUCUGGUGAUGUGGCCAAGGUGGCGAACACGAUGAAGAAGGAGCUCGGUUUGGGUCCGAUCGACGGCGAGUCGCCAAACAAGCCGGCGGCUCGGGCCCACCAGGGCGUCCGGGACCUCCACGAAUCCUCCUUUAGUCUGUCAGGCUCUCAAGUUGACGACCACAUCCCGAAGAGGUCUUCUGCUCGGAUUCUGGCUCCCCCUGGUGGCCGCUCCAGUGGCAUUUGGUAAUCGUUAGCGCUGGAGUUCAAACCGUUUCCACCUCUGUGUUUUUAUUAUAUUUCCAAACGACCAGGAAAACUGCACUGAUUUUAAAACAACAGAAUAAAACUUUAAAUGUUAAAGGAAAACAAAUUCAAGUAAAACUUUGACGUAUUUAUUAAUUAGCGGUUAGCGUAAGAGACGUUUAAACAGUGAAUUUGUGGUUAACUGGAUUAAAAAAAAGGGCUAGCUCUGAACUUAAAUUCUAGCUUAUU